GAAAUUUUGUUGGUGAGAUACUGAUAUCUAUAAUGCAUGACUUGUUGUGAAAUAGGCGUACAAGGUUCAUCCGUUGCAUAUCACCAGUAACUACCUUGAACAUCAUUUUCUAAGGCAGUUAAAAUGAAGCUGGCGAGUGUGGAAGACGAGUAUCGGAAAAACAAGAAUUUGCACGUGGACGACGUGAAAUCCCUUCAAGCAUGGGUCCAAAAGCAACCGCAUCUGCCUCCAGUGUCCGAUCUACAGUUGGCGCUUUUUCUCCAUAGCUGCUACUGGAGCAUGGAGCAGGCGAAGACCACCAUCGAAAAAUUCCUGACCUAUAGAGGGGCGUGGCCCGAUUUCUUCGCCAAUCGAAAUCCAAACGAUCCCAAAGUGAGAGCCGAUAUGAAAGUGACGCUCGCCUCUUUUCUUCCCAGUACCACGGCGGAGAACUACAAAAUUGUCUUCCAUAGGCUGAUGGACAGCGAUGUCGAUAAGUUUACGGUGAGGGACACGCAGAAGAUCUUCGACAUGUGCGUGACUUUGGAGUUAAUGCAGAAAGGCACAUUUGACGGUUACGUGAUCAUCUGCGAUAUGAGCACUUCAACCAUGGCGCACACUUUCAAAACGGACAUCUUAGCAACUAAGAGGAUGAUGAUGUACAUGCAGGAGGCGCUCCCUGUCCGACUUAGAGGUGUCCAUCUCAUAACCAUGUCAGCAAUUAGCAACGUGCUCAUGUCGAUGGUUAAACCCUUCAUGAAAAAGGAGCUCACGAGCUUGUUACACUUCCAUGACUCCUACGAAUCCUUGUUCAAGCUUAUACCACGAGAAGUUCUCCCCGCCGAUGUAGGUGGCCAAGGUCCCACCACCCGGGAGCUGCACGAAAACAUGCAAAAGACGUUCAUUGAAAAUGCGGACUUUUUCGUGGAACAGGAAAGCUUCAUCUCCAAUGAAUCGCUGCGUGACUGUCGGCCGUCGUAUAUGGAUCAAGAUUUAGGAAUCGGUAUAGGUGGAUCAUUCAAGAGACUCGACUUGGAUUAAAAUAAAUAUUACAUGAACUGUACUUCUUCCUUGAAAUCAUAAAUAUUUUCAUCAAG